CGCUUCGUCACCGCUGAAACCAUCGCAUAGCCCACUGACGCCCUCAAUCGAGCCCUCUGCUGUCUCCCGGUCGUUCUCCAUUUCGGUUCUUAUUCAUCUGCGUGAUCGAGGACUCGCUUGUGUGUCUCCAUUCCAAGAGGAGGAUCCAGCUCUUCUCCUCCUCCCGCCAUAUCCUUCUUCUUCUCAUUCGCCUUGCGUCGGAUCUCGUUCUAGGGGUUCGACGAUGGUUCUCUGGGUUUUUGGCUAUGGAUCUCUGGUUUGGAAUCCAGGGUUCGACUUUGAUGAGAAGAUAGUAGGCUUCAUUAAGGGCUACAGGCGUGUGUUUGAUUUAGCGUGCAUAGAUCACAGGGGUACACCAGAGAAUCCAGCAAGAACCUGCACAUUACAACCUGAGGAGGGAGCAAUUUGCUGGGGUGCUGCUUAUUGUGUUAGAGGAGGCAUCAAAAAAGAAAGAGCAGCAAUGAAGUAUUUAGAGAGAAGAGAAUGUGAAUAUGACCAGAAAACUUCAGUUGACUUUUACAAGGAGGGGGAGACUUCUGAGCCAGCUGUAACAGGAGUAUUAGUAUUCAUAUCAACAAUGGACAAAGAAGCCAAUAGGUAUUACUUGGGCCCAGCUCCAUUGGUUGAGAUGGCAAGACAAAUUGCUACAGCAAGCGGUCCCUGUGGGAACAAUAGAGAGUAUCUCUUUUUGUUGGAGAAAGCAAUGUCAGAUAUAGGGCACGAAGAUGAUUACGUGAUCGAGCUUGCAAAUGAAGUGAGGAAGGUGCUUGAAAGUUUGAAACAGAGGGCUCCUGUGAUGCAUCUGCCCCUGCAGUCCCACGCGCCGUUUCUGCAUAUCAAAACACUCCCAGAAACCACAGUUGCUGUUGACUCCUGAUCUUAAAUCAUCCCGAACAAGUAGAAGACAACAGUUGAAGCAAUUGUGAACCCGAUACACAAGGCAGAAGACAUUUAAAGCAUUUAAGAAAGGAUUUUUUUUUUUUUCCCCACUGUCCCUUUAAUUCAUCUCUUUUGCAUGUAGCACCACUAAUUCGGAACCUAGGGUACCACCCUUGGAUAAAUCUCUGUUCUGUACUUGAGAGGGUGAGAGAUGGACGAUAUAUACUUUUGACUCUGCUUUUUUGUCAUUGGAGUAAAAAGCAACAUCUUUACAUGAUCUUCA